ACCCAAUUCCUCUGUCAUCAUCAAUGGCCCCUCCGAAAGUAGGAGGAACCUUCUCCUUUUUGACGGAUAUAGAUCACAAAUUCCGUAUGCAAUUUUUGAUUGACUACCUGAAUGUAAAUUAAUCAACUUUUCCAAUGGGGAAUUGUUGUAACUUCGCUGUGUGCGGAGAGUGUUGUAUGACACGAUCAUUUAGCUCAGCCGGCCUAAAAUCUACAAUCACCACCCUCCACGACGGCGACACCACCAUCCACUGCUGGGUACCAAAAAAGUACAAACUCACCAAACCUAAUUUGCUCCUGAUUCAUGGUAUUGGAGCCAACGCGAAAUGGCAGUGGACUCGAAUAAUCUCCAGCGUCACUCCCCUGUUCAACGUCUACGUUCCCGAUUUGCCCUUUUACGGCGACUCCUACACGUCGCGACUUGAUCGGACGGAGCACUUCCAGGCGGAGUGCGUGAUGAUGACGAUGGAAGCGUUGGGAGUGAUGGGGAAAAUUAACAUGGUGGGGCUUAGCUACGGUGGGUUUGUUGCGUAUAGCAUGGCGGCGAAGUUCCCGGAGGCGUUUGAGAGGGUGGUGAUUCUCGGUGCUGGGGUUUGUUUGGAUUCGGAGAUAGAUUUGGAAGAGGGUUUGUUUAGUGCUAAAAACAUCAAAGAUGCUGCAAACGUUUUGCUUGCUCAAACGCCUGAAGGAAUCAGGGAAUUGUUGACGAUUACCUUCUUUAACCCCCCGAAUGUGAAUUGUGCACCCAAUUGCGUGCUCAACGAUUUUAUCGAAGAAAUGAACGUUGAAUACUUUGAAGAGAAGAAAGAAUGUAUCGAAGCUGUACAAAAGGAUAGAAAGUUUGCUGACCUUCCUAAGAUCCCUCACACAACACUAAUCAUUUGGGGGCAAGAAGAUCAGAUUUUCCCUUUGGAUUUGGGCUAUAGGUUAAAAAGUCAUUUAGGUGAAAUUGCGGAUCUUGUAGUUUUAAAGGAGACGGGUCACGCAGUCAACAUGGAGCAACCAAAAGAGUUGAUUAGACUUUUUAAGUUAUUCUUCAUCGAACGAUCUUUUCCUCAACGUGAAAACAGUGGGAAAGGGACGCCACUUUUGCGUUGAAUAAGUUAUGCAUUCGAUGUGUCAUGUUGCGUAUUUUGUACAACUUAUGUACAUAAUGCAACUAAAGAUACAAAAUAAGUUUGAAUAAUUGUUAUAACACGCUUACAUCAAGUACUUUAUGUAUGCAAGUUAAACAUAAAUGAUUAUGUUACAAUGUUGUUGUUA